AUGUACCAAGUAUGGAGGUCGACCUCCAUACUUCGUACAUAUUACAACAUCGUCGAUAUAGACUUCGCUUGUAUUAGCAACACUCCCAGUAUCGUUAAAGCUAUUGAUGACAACGAGAUACAAGUCGAAAUAACUUGGAUUGAUGGUUCUGAGACCACAGAAAUUACUAGUGAUGUUACCGUAGUGGACAGAAGAUUCAAGCAUGGUAAGGUUGUUGCUUCUGCUGUAUCAACACAACAAUUAGGCCUUGUUAUGAAUGUCAAUAUUUCGGUUGAUUUACUUUCUAUGGAUGGGAAAGUGAUAAGAAAUGUCUGUUCUAAAGAUCUCAAACCCAUAAAAGAAGUCAAUGUCCAUGAUUUUGUAGUUCUGGGUUCUGCAUUUGGCAAGGUAAAGAAAACCGUAGAUAUUGUUACCAUUCUAUCUGACGAUGGAUCCAUAUGUGAAGCAAUUGACGUUAAUCCUUUGAAACUGAGACCUCUUUUGAAGUACACUAGAAAUUGCCCAUACUAUCCGGGUCAAAGGGUAAGAUCUGUUUUAAACACUGUUUUCAAAAGUACUAGAUGGAUUUCUGGCUCGCGCAAAGCUAAUCGUCUUGAAGGCACUGUCAUCAAAGUUCACCCAGCUUCUGUGAAUAUCGAUUGGAUAUAUCCUUUGGAUCUGAAUGAUACUGAGCUGCCACCUGUUGCUUGGCACAAUCCGAAGGACUUAACUAUGUUGUCUUUCUUUACCUACACACAAUGGAAAUUAACUGCUUUUUGUCAACUUCCAUCUUGUCAGCAGCCACCAUCUGUUGUUUCUAAAGGUACUUCAACUUCCAAAGAGACAAAUGGCACCAAGUCGACUGAGGGUUCUCAGGAAAGCUGGCCUGACUUCGAUAAAAUGCUACAGAACAUCUUAUCUAAGAGAGAGAUGAAAGCUUUGAAGAAGUCUUUGGAAAAAGAAGAAGGUUUGAAAAGUAAUGGGACGAAAGAAUAUGAGGUGCAAUCGACAUCAUUAAUUCUGAGUUCUCAAAAUGACGAUCAAUUCUUCCCUGGAAAUUCUGUGACAGAAAAGACAUUAAGCGAAGAAGUUGAUUCUAUUGAAUGCAACCGUGUUGAUGUAGUUGUAAGUGUGAAUUUUGAGGAUAGUAUUGUAUGUGUAAGAUGGAGUGACAAAUUAAAACAAUUGGAUCGUGAGGAACUUGUUAGUGCAUAUGAUCUUGAUAUAGAAUAUAAGUACUGCUAUGGCGAUUUUGCUGUGCGCGUCUCUAGUACUCCAAUAGAUGAUGUAACAAUUUUAUCUAACUUUGGUAACAUAGUUGAUUUUCGAGAUGGUGAUGUUGUAGUUGCAUGGGCAGAUGGGGUGAUAUCAAAGAAAACUAAUUCAGUGAACAAUAGCGAGGACACUACAACAUCACCAGAAGUUAGUGCUGGUGAAUCACAAGAAGACAACAUUAGUGAAUAUAAAUUCGAACAUUAUGAUAUUACAGAAAAUGCAACAUCACGAGAAGUUACUAGUGAUACACAAGAAGACAACAUUAGAGAAUAUGAAUUCAAACACUUUGAUAUUAUUGAAAAUGCAACGGAUAAUCAUUAUUAUGGCGGCGAUAAGACGGAUAAUAGUGGAAGGGAAUGGGCUAGUAGAGUUCAACGAGAAUGGAAGAUUCUUCAGAAAAAUCUACCUGAUGAUAUUUACGUUCGAGCAUUUGAGGAACGAAUGGAUUUAAUAAGGGCUACAAUAAUAGGAGCAGAUGGGACGCCAUAUCAAAAUGACAUAUUUUUCUUUGACUUAUAUCUUCCUCCAGACUACCCUAAAGUCCCACCGGUAAUUGAAUAA